AUGCUGCGUGCCAACACUCUACCGUCGAUCACUCGAGCAAAGGUGAGCCAUUUUGGCGGUUUUCUACGCGCCAAUGCAUUCUGCAGCAGCAGCAGCAGCAGCUACACGUAUGCAUAUCAUGAUUAUUCAGCUCGACCCACUCGCUCUCAUGCAUUCUUAAAGAUUUUCUCAUAGAACCGUUUUCAAGAGUGCGUGAGAAAACGAACGAGUGCGUUGCGGUUGUGGCAACAAUUAUCUGUAAUCACACAUUCGAUAACUUUUUGAUAAUUUGAAUUGCCCGGUCGAUUCCAAUUCCUUCACUUUUCCAGGUCGGAUGCUUCGCCCGUCUCAAAAUCUACGAGGAAAACGCGCGAUUCGUGCUGAUCUGCAUCAUUCUCUUGAAAUAUCUCGCGUUCGGCGCCGCUCUCUUCCAUUGGCUCGAGUGGCAGAACGAGGUCGAGGAGCGGAACGCGGUAAGACGUCUUGAUUGAUUGACAACACCAUAACACGCGAACAAAAAACCGAACACCUCGGUUUGUAUAUCUUUGUGCAAUGAAUGUGUACAAUUGAGGAGCUGUGCCUUACACACACACCCAAUCAGCUAGACUAGGGCCGAGUGCGGAUUAGCGGUGAUAAUCCUUUGGGGUAGAAAAAUCCUGCCGGCUAUUGUGCUCGAGCUCGCGAGAUCCGGAAAGCAGCCGAAUGCAUCGCGGGCUUUCUUUUUCUCAAUCAACACACCGACCGACCAAAACCCAAUCAAAUUCCAUUAUAGCGCUUGGCGUCUGUCGGGAACAGCCAAGAUUGAUCUUGGGGAAGGGAGGGAAAUGCUGAUUCGUCGGUGCGUAUACAGAUAUUACUCAUUCCUUGUGCGAAAAGCUCCAAACGAUAGAUAUAGGGGGGGUAUGAAUUUCAAAUGUGAUACGCCGCCAAUACUCUGGAGAACUACGUAACCGCAACGCCCUUUGUGCUCUUGUUUGCUCUCUGUUGUUUUUUGUUUCUGCUGGGUUUCGAUUGGAGCGCACGAAUGAGUCAGUGCCGGAAACAUGAACUUUUUAUCUUUUUAUUCACACAAAGACUCUCGCGCUCGCACUCUUUAUCACCAUUGGCAACCGACAAUUGUCCAGAGUCCGCUAUAGCGGUGUCAGUCGUCCGAGAGAGAGAAUGCGCGCGCGGAAAACGACAGAGAAUGUAGUAGCAGCGAGGAAAACAGCCCACCGAGACACAAGUGUUAUCAGAGAACUUUUGAAAAGACAAAAGAGGGAUGUUGGCGGUUUUCGCAGGUAUUCUGGGUAUUUACAAGCGUGCACGCCAUCCCAAGUUUAGAGAGAGAAACUAACAGAUUCUACUUACAGAUCGAACAAAGGUUGGGCGAUUAUCGAAAAGAGUACUGCAAGAGGAAACCGUUAAACGAAUGCGAUUUCGAUGAAAUGGUCCGGUUCAUUGCCGACGGUACAACUAGCGGCCUUUUGAACACACGUGCACGCUUCGAUUGGCUCGGCGCCUUGUUUUUCUCCGCCACCGUCAUUUCGACGAUCGGGUUCGGAACGUCGACGCCUCGGACCCCGCUUGGUCGCUUCAUAACCAUCGUGUACGGAGUGGUGGGCUGCACCUGCUGCGUGCUCUUCUUCAAUCUAUUCCUAGAACGGCUCGUAACUGGAAUGUCGUAUAUUUUGAGGUAUGCUAGCUGGAAUCAGCGGAUGAACUAUUAGUCGUUUGUAGAAGUCUUCGUGAGCGGAAAAUCCGGUUCAGACUUAAAGAAUCUGGCAAUAAGCCGGUGACGCUUCUCCUCAACAACGAGGACUUUAACGAGUCUUCAAGGUAACUGGAAUUUUGUGAAAUUGCCACCAACCCCCGCUCUUUCCAGCUCUUGUGAGGGUCACAUGGACAAUUGGCGUCCAUCUGUCUACAAAGUGUUCUUCAUCCUCUUCUCCAUGUGUCUUGCGCUUAUCACCGCCUCCGCGGGCGUCUAUUCGAUCAUUGAGAACUGGCCUUACAUUGAUGCUCUUUAUUUCUGCUUCAUCAGGUAUCUAUCUAGAUAAUUCCUCUCAAAAACUACUUCAAAAUGCUGUGUUUUUUCUUUCAGUUUUGCCACAAUCGGCUUUGGUGAUUACGUCUCAAACCAGCAAGAUGUGACCAAGAUGAGCCCCGAUUUGUAUAGGUAUGUCUUCAUGAGGGAAGUCCAUCAAAGUAUUCCGAUUCCGAUGCCUUCAGAUUCGUCAAUUUCUGCCUUCUGACACUCGGCGCCUGCUUCUUCUAUUGUCUCUCAAAUGUAUCGUCAAUUGUGGUGAGACAACUUUUGAACUGGAUGAUCAAGAAGAUGGAUGUAAAAGUGGAUGACCGAUCGUUUCUUUGUUUCAAAAAGAAACGACGUUACAUGGGGCUGGGACUGAGACCGCCAAAAGGUAGACGGAUCUCUGGCAGAAGCGAAAGACACCUGAACACACAUUUCAGGCUACGACAUGACAUCGGAAAGAUCGUCGGUGGACUACGCAGAUGGUCUCCUCUCGCUCAAAGAGUUUCUGAUGAACAAUCAGAGUUCGAUGAUUAUGCUCCAGAAGCAGCUGAUCAAGAGCGCCAUGAAGAAUGUGGUGGAGAAUGAGGAACAGAAAAUCUCAGCCACACGAGUCGGACCGAUGGGCAUUCUGGAUGAGGCGUUCGGUGAUGAACCGUAG